AUGGAGGAGCUGCCGGCCUUGCCGGGAGAUGAGAUCGAUGUCAGGGAGCUACAGGCCUGGGCGGCUGAGCGCCCGCCCUUGGAGGCGCAGCUGCGGGCUGCUCUCACGGAGGCGCUGACGCAGGAGGGCGGCCUGGAGCCCGCGGAAGCCAUAGGAGGCCAAGACUGCAAGGUUGCGGCGCGGCUGGCCUCCCUGCUGCAAACCGCGGCGGAAGAGCUACUGCACCGCUGGGGCGAGGCCGAGUGGCCUGUUGCCAGCUCCGGGCCCAGCGAGGUGGCAGGGCUUUGUGAAGAGUUAGCCCACGCGCGAGCUGGCAGACUGAGAGCCCACCAGAGGCUUCAAGAAUUCAAAGAGUGCAAGCAGGCGGCGCAGUCGGCGCUGGGCAAAGCAAUGGAGAUCGAGGAGUCAGAAGAGGAGGAUUUGCUCUCCCAGGGCCCCUCGGAGAUCUUGGAGGAUACCGGCGAGGAGGGGAAGAAGCGUGGCUGGAGUGCCAAGAGGUUCCUCGGCAAGGGCUUCAAGAAGAUGCGAGGCCGGCGCUCGCAGACGGGCAGUCUGACGCCGCCUGCGGCCGUGUCACCGACUGGCUCCUUUGCAUCCUCCAUGCAGACAGCCAGGACACCUUCGCCCACCAGGCCUCCGACUCCCAAGCAGCUGAUGGUGCAGGCCUCCAGUGACGAGCUGGUGAGGGCCGCCGAGGGGAUCCAGUCUGCUGCUGAGGACUUGGACAAGCAGACCUUGGCGUGCCGAGACUUGGCCGAGGCCAUCAGCCAGAGACUCCGCAAGAUGGGCGCGCGGGGCUUGCAGGAGGCGCCGCGCUCAGGUCUGCGCCCUCGAGGAGUGGGCGGAUGA